UUUUGUGUAUGUAAUGUAAUGCGUUUUUUAUAGAUAUGAUGCACACUUAGUGUUUGGCUCCAAACACACUACUAUCUUUAAAUGCUCUCAAUAAUCUUUCAUUCUCUUCUCACAGUCACAAGAAUAUGAAUAUGUGUGCCAAAGCUUCUUUCUUCGUCUUGUUUCUUUGCUUCUUUAUGCAUGCAUAUACUACUACUCCAUCUUCUGCUCUUCACAAUAAAUUUCUCCCUCAGAAGAUAGAGGAGAAGUUGGAAUUCAACAAGUUUGGUCCAAAUGGAAGGGUUACAUUAACUCAUGACCACAAUCUGCGUAGCAAAAGCAGUAGACACGACCUUUGCAAGAUAAAUAAAGGAGGAAGAAGCAGAGCAGAUUGUAAGUCUUCUCUUCACAAGGCCUUGCUGCAAUUAUCAGAGGACUCAAGAUGGCGACAUCUCAACGUAAGAGAAGUGGAUUUACAAAAUUCCUCAAUUUUGAGUGAAGAAGAUCUAUCAGAGUCGGACUAUGAGCCACCCCAUCGAAAAUCUCCCAUUCACAACAAAUAAUUAAUGGCCUGCUAUCCACAUAUACAACUAAUAUAUCUGAAUCAUCAUUUAGUUUUUCCGACAAAUUUAUAUCUACGAAUAAUAUAUGCAGCAGUUUUAUUUUUUGCUUAUCAACCGUUUGUAAUGUUGAUUUAGAAAAGGUAUAUUUAAAUUAUUGGUUUGAUGCUCAUUAACAAAAUAUUGGUUUGAUGCUAUUUAGUUCAGGGAGUUUUUAACA